AUGUCUGUAAAAAGUUCUAAAGGAACCCAGGCUAAGGGUAAGCCUAAGACGGAACAGCCUAAGGUGAGGUUACCAUCACCGCCAUGUCCUUGGCUCUGCAGCCUUGUGCCAACCAACGUUCCUCGUCCAGGUCCAGCUCAAACAGUUUUACAUCCUAGAAAAGAUGUAUUUGUUCUAAAGGUCGCUAAGGUGGGACCUAAUGGUGAUCGUCGGUGUAAAAUGGAACUCGAACUUGUCACACCAAAGGGUCCAGAGAAGAAGGCAUUGUGUCGCAUCGACACAAGAGAGACACAGUGUGAGCCUGAACCACCAUGUUGCUGCUGCAUGCGACCGAAAAAGAAGAAGAAAUAA